UGCCGCGGGCGGGGAGCCGGGCCCGGCGGGGCGGGGGGCCGGUGACCGGGGCCGUGGCUCGGCCCGCCGGUGCCUGACUGACAGCGCUCCCUGCCCAGGCGCUGGAAGGGCCGGGCCGGAGUGGGGCGGGCGGGAGGAGGAGGAGCAGCAGCGAGAACCGCCCUGCACUGCCGCGGCUCCUACCUAUUCAUUCAGUCACCUAAAAUGGCUGGAGAGAGGAGCUGGCGGAGCAGGAGGAGGAGGUGAGGGGGAGCCGCAGCAGUGCCCCCACCUCCUCCGCGGCCCGGCGGAGCUCCCGGCGAGGCUGCGGCCGCCCCUCGCCCGCGGCACCAUGUCGGCCGGCCCGGACGAGAGCUCGGUGCGGGUCGCGGUCAGAAUUAGACCACAGUUAGCCAAAGAGAAGAUUGAAGGAUGCCAUAUUUGUACAUCUGUCACACCUGGUGAACCUCAAGUGUUCUUGGGAAAAGAUAAGGCCUUCACUUUUGAUUAUGUCUUUAACAUUGACUCACAGCAAGAAGAGAUCUAUGUACAGUGCAUAGAAAAGCUGAUUGAAGGUUGCUUUGAAGGCUAUAAUGCCACUGUCUUUGCUUAUGGCCAGACAGGUGCUGGCAAAACAUACACCAUGGGCACUGGAUUUGAUGUCAACAUAACAGAAGAGGAACAAGGCAUUAUAUCACGUGCUGUUAAGCACCUUUUCAGAUGUAUUGAAGAAAAAAAACAAGGUGCUGUUAAGCAAGGACUUCCACCUCCUGAUUUUAAAGUGAAUGCACAGUUCUUAGAGCUUUACAAUGAAGAAAUUCUUGAUCUGUUUGAUACCACACGUGAUAUUGAUGCAAAGAAUAAAAAAUCAAAUAUUAAAAUACAUGAAGAUUCAGCAGGAGGAAUUUAUACAGUGGGUGUUACAACCCGAACUGUGACUGGAGAAUCUGAGAUGAUGCAGUGCUUGAAGCUGGGAGCUCUGUCUCGAACCACUGCCAGCACGCAGAUGAACGUCCAGAGCUCACGGUCACAUGCUAUCUUCACUAUUCACUUGUGUCAGACCAGAGUCUGUCCUGCAUUUAACGCUGAUAAUGCCACUGAUAACAGGAUAAUAUCUGAAUCUUCUGAGAUGAAUGAAUAUGAAACUCUUACUGCCAAGUUUCAUUUUGUUGAUCUGGCGGGAUCUGAAAGGUUAAAGCGAACAGGAGCUACAGGAGAAAGGGCAAAAGAAGGCAUUUCCAUCAACUGUGGACUACUGGCACUUGGCAAUGUAAUAAGUGCACUGGGAGAUAAAAGUAAGAAGGCAACUCAUGUACCAUACAGAGAUUCAAAGCUUACAAGGCUACUUCAAGACUCUCUUGGGGGAAACAGUCAAACGCUCAUGAUAGCAUGUGUGAGCCCUUCAGAUAGAGACUUCAUGGAAACCCUGAACACGUUAAAGUACGCCAACCGGGCACGGAACAUCAAGAACAAGGUGGUGGUUAAUCAGGAUAGGGCCAGUCAACAAAUAAAUGCUUUGCGCAGUGAGAUUGCGCGGCUACAGAUGGAACUCAUGGAAUACAAAACCGGUAAAAGGAUUAUAGAUGAAGAAGGUGUUGAAAGCAUCAAUGACAUGUUCCAUGAGAAUGCAAUGCUGCAAACAGAAAACAACAACUUGCGUGUUAGAAUUAAAGCAAUGCAAGAGACUGUUGAUGCUCUUAGAGCCAGAAUAACACAGCUAAUGAGUGAUCAGGCCAACCAAGUGCUAGCCAGGACAGGGGAAGGAAAUGAAGAAAUUAGCAACAUGAUUCAUAAUUAUAUCAAGGAAAUUGAAGAUCUCAGAGCAAAAUUAUUAGAAAGUGAAGCAGUGAAUGAAAAUCUUCGACGCAGCUUGUCAAGAGCCUCAUCGAGAGCCACGUACUUUGGUGGACCAUCAGCAUUUUCUGCUUCUAUGCUUUCCUCAGAGAAAGAGACAAUGGAAAUUCUAGAUAUAGCCAAGAAAGAUCUAGAAAAGCUGAAAAAAAAAGAGAGGAAAAAGAAAAAGAGGCUACAGAAACUUGAGGAAAGCAGUCAAGAAGAAAGAAGUGUUAAGGAGGAUAACACAGACAAUGAGCAGGAGAAAAGAGAUGAAAAAGGCACUUCAGAGAGAGAGAAUAAUGAAUUGGAGGGAGAGGAAAUUCAGGAAGUCAGUGAUCAUGACGAUGAAGAAGAGGAAGAUGAUGAGGAUGAAGAUGAUAUGGAAGUCGUUGAAAGCUCAGAUGAAUCAGAUUCUGACUCUGAUGAAAAAGAAAAUUAUCAAGCUGACUUGGCAAAUAUCACCUGUGAAAUAGCCAUUAAGCAGAAACUGAUAGAUGAGCUAGAAAACAGCCAGCGAAGGUUGCAAACACUGAAAAAACAGUAUGAAGAGAAACUAAUGAUGCUACAACAUAAAAUUCGAGACACACAGCUUGAAAGAGAUCAGGUUCUUCAAAACUUGGGUUCUGUAGAGACCUAUUCAGAAGAAAAGGCCAAAAAAAUCAAGUCAGAAUAUGAAAAGAAACUCCAAGCCAUGAAUAAAGAACUGCAGAGACUUCAAACAGCACAAAAGGAACAUGCACGAUUGCUUAAAAAUCAGUCUCAAUAUGAAAAGCAGCUCAAGAAACUGCAGCAGGAGGUGACAGAGAUGAAGAAAACCAAGGUUCGCUUGAUGAAGCAAAUGAAAGAAGAGCAGGAGAAAGCUAGAAUGACUGAAUCUAGAAGAAAUAGAGAGAUUGCACAGCUUAAAAAGGAGCAACGCAAACGAGAGCAUCAGCUCAAGCUUCUGGAAGCUCAGAAAAGAAACCAAGAAGUUAUCUUACGUCGUAAAACUGAAGAGGUCACAGCCCUUCGUCGACAAGUAAGGCCUCUGUCUGAUAAAGUGGCAGGAAAAGUGAGUCGAAAGCUGAGUCUGCCUGAGCAUUCCAUGCAGGAAGCAAGUUCUAGUUUGUCAGGCGAGCAUGAUGGCUCCAGAACAGCAGCACAGCAGAAGAUGAGAAUUCCUGUUGCAAGGGUUCAAGCAUUAUCUGUUACUGCAACAAAUGGAACAGGAAGGAAGUACCAGCGGAAAGCAGUGACAAGCAGAGUUUACUCCUCGAAGGCAGCCAGGAUGAAGUGGCAGUUACUGGAACGCAGAGUGACUGAUAUUAUCAUGCAGAGGAUGACUAUUUCCAACAUGGAGGCGGAUAUGAACAGGUUGCUUACGCAACGUGAAGAGCUCACCAAAAGAAGAGAUAAGCUUUCAAAGAAAAGGGAGAAGCUCAUCAAGGGUGGGGGUGGCAGUGAAGCAGAUAGAAAUGUCCAAAACAUAAAUGAGGAGAUGGAAUCAGUAACUGCAAAUAUAGACUACAUCAACGACAGCAUUUCUGACUGCCAAGCAAAUAUUAUGCAAAUGGAAGAAGCAAAGGAAGAAGGAGAGACCUUGGAUGUAACAGCAGUGAUUAAUGCUUGCACUCUGACAGAAGCUCCAUAUUUGCUUGAUCACUUCCUUAUGAUGGGUAUCAAUAAGGGUCUCCAAGCAGCUCAGAAAGAAGCUCAGAUCAAAGUUCUUGAGGGACGCCUUAAGCAGACAGAAAUUACUAGUGCUACUCAAAACCAACUGCUGUUUCAUAUGCUAAAAGAAAAAGCUGAAUUAAAUCCUGAACUUGAUGCUUUUCUGGGUCAUGCUUUGCAAGACCUAGAUAGCAUACCACUGGGAUUGGAAUGUUGCUUUUUUUCCUUGUUGCUGUAUUUACACAGACCUAGACAGCAUACCACUGGUUCAUUAUCUUCAGAACUCUUGAAGCUUUGUGGUGAAGUCAAGCCCAAAAGCAAGGCCCGCCGCAGGACCACCACCCAGAUGGAAUUGCUGUAUGCAGCCAACAGCGACCUGGUCUCCGACAGCAGCGCUGCAGACUCUGCCUCGGCUGGCUCUGCCACGUCAGCUGCAGAAAACCAAGAAAGUGGGGUGGCUGCUGACACACAUGAUACUUCUGCUAGGGACAGAGAGCUUAUACCCCCACCAUCUGGCUUACCUUCUAAGAUAGGCAGCAUUUCAAGGCAAUCAUCUGUUCCAGAGAAGAAGAUACCUGAGCCUUCACCUUUAGCAAAAAGAAAAGCCUAUGAGAAAACAAUGGAAAAGACGAAGACAAAAGAACAAAAACUCUCAGAUUCUGGAGCCCCAGAGGCUAGUCUGUCACCUCCUACUUCCCCACCAAGCCGGCCCCGUAAUGAAAUGAAUGUUUUUAGUCGUCUUACUGUUUCUCAGGGAAACACAUCAGUUCAGCAGGAUAAGUCUGAUGAAAGUGAUUCCUCUCUGUCGGAGGUACAAAGGGGGAUAAUUAACCCAUUUCCUGCUUCAAAAGGCAUCCGGUCGACCCCGCUUCAGUGUAUCUAUACAGCUGAGGGACACACCAAGGCUGUGCUUUGUGUCGAUGCAACUGAUGAUCUUCUCUUCACUGGGUCAAAAGAUCGUACCUGUAAAGUCUGGAAUCUGGUAACUGGACAAGAGAUUAUGUCUUUAGGGGGUCAUCCAAAUAAUGUAGUUUCUGUUAAAUACUGCAACUACACAAGCCUGGUUUUCACAGUUUCAACCUCCUAUAUCAAGGUGUGGGACAUCAGAGAUUCCGCAAAGUGCAUUCGGACGUUGACGUCUUCAGGACAAGCUAUGCCUGCUGAUGUGUGUUCAGGAAGUACUAACAGAACAGUUGCUAUCCCAGCUGGAGAGAACCAGAUCAAUCAAAUUGCACUAAAUCCAACUGGCACAUUCCUCUAUGCAGCUGCUGGAAACUCAGUGAGGAUGUGGGACCUGAAAAGAUUUCAGUCUACAGGAAAGCUAACUGGUCAUCAGGGUCCUGUUAUGUGCCUUACUGUCAAUCAGAUCUCCAAUGGACAAGAUCUUAUUAUCACUGGUUCAAAGGAUCAUUAUAUAAAGAUGUUUGAUGUGACUGAAGGGGCUCUUGGAAGUGUAAGUCCUACACACAAUUUUGAACCUCCUCAUUAUGAUGGCAUUGAAGCACUUGCUAUUAUGGGAGAUAACCUUUUUAGUGGCUCGAGAGAUAAUGGAAUUAAGAAAUGGGAUUUGCCUCAAAAAGACCUUCUUCAGCAAGUCCCUAAUGCUCACAAGGACUGGGUUUGUGCUCUUGGCCUGGUGCCCGGUGUGCCGGUUCUGCUCAGCGGCUGCAGGGGAGGCACCCUCAAACUCUGGAACGUGGAUCCCUUUGCACCCAUUGGGGAGAUGAAGGGACAUGACAGCCCUAUAAAUGCCAUCUGCACCAACUCCAGCCAGAUUUUUACAGCAGCAGAUGAUCACACUGUGAGGAUCUGGAAAGCUCGAAAUAUGAUAGAUGGACAGAUCUCAGAUACAGGAGAUGCAAGUGAAGAUCUUGCCAGUAAUUGAAGUUAUGGGGGAUUAAGGAAUACAUUGAUCAAUUUGAGGUGCACUCUAUGCAGUUUUCUGCAUGUCUAUUAGUUAAACACUGCUGACUGGAAUGGACUGAAAAUGUGUGAACUCUUCCACUAGACCUGCUGUCCUUAAAAUAUGUACUGUAUUUAAGAACCUCUUGGUAACAUGCUUGAGUCUCAACAGUCACAUGUAUCUCUAUCUAUUACGGCUGAAUUUGUGUGCAUAUGUAAUACUUGCAGUUUAAAUUAACUGGAAUUCAGUCUUCUCUAAUGACCAUCUCAAAAUAAUAACCUGAAAUAUAUAACAAAAGUGCUCUGCUGUAUUUCACUCACAAGUAUGAUCAGCUGUUUAGCAUUUUAGGGUAACAGGGGAAAGAACCUGUCCCAGGAAUAAGCUUUUGAUUACGAGAGGCAGUUUGAAGACUUUAAAGGUCACUUACACUGUUGUUAGGAAAGUGGAGUGAAUAAUAGAUGGGAAGAAGCUGUUAAUGAUACAUCUACCUGACAUGGCUGUAUCCUGCUAACAGCAAAUGCCAUAUGAUUUGUGUGUUGAUAGCAUAUAAUCUGUGUUGACCAAAGUUGUGCAGCUGUGUAUACUCUGUGCUCAGGACUAGAACUCAAGUGCUCACAAAUGGCUGUGUUUUAUUUGUGUUUUGCCUAUGUUCUGUAAUGACUAGAUGUUCAUAAUGUCAUGAUAAAUAUAUCUUAAUCUAUUUUUCUUACGGAUUUCUUUCUGUCAUCUCACAUUUUCUUUUUUUUUAAACAAAUUCUUCUCUUUUUAUCUAAUUUUCUAUGCUGCUAAAUGUAUUUUAAAUGCACUGUUUUGCAAACCUUGGCAGUUACUUUGAGAACUGAACCACAUUUAUUGGGAAAAGCUAUGUAAAUAGAUGGUUGUAUAAAGAAAAUAUCUUAUCUUGUGCCUGUAUGACUUUUAAAGCCCUUGGAACCUAGAUAUUGAGGGAGGAUAUAUAAUUUACCCAACUGCUCUGAAUAUUAAUUUGUAAAUUCUGAAAAUUUUAAAACGUUAUGUAGAUUCAGAAACAGUGUUUGGAUAUUGAGGUUUUUUGGUUGUUUUGUUUUUAUUUUUCAGAAAAUAUCAGUCUGUAAAUUAUAGCUUGUGUAGGUAACAAAUAAAGAUGUGAAUGUGAACUGCU